AUGAGAAUCUACCAAUGUCAUUUCUGUUCUUCACCAGUAUACCCAGGCCAUGGUAUAAUGUUUGUACGUAAUGAUGCUAAAGAAUUUAGAUUCUGUCGUUCAAAAUGUCACAAAGCCUUUAAACAACGUCGUAACCCACGUAAAUUGAAAUGGACCAAGGCUUUCAGGAAAGCUGCUGGUAAAGAAUUGGCUGUCGACUCUACCUUAACAUUUGCACAAAGAAGAAAUGUUCCAGUAAGAUACAACAGAGAUUUAGUUGCUACCACAUUAAAGGCUAUGUCUAGAAUCGAAGAAAUUAGAUUGAAACGUGAAAGAGCAUUCUACAAGAACAGAAUGAGAGGUAAUAAAGAAAAGGACUUCCUAAGAGAUAAAAAACUGGUUGAAAGUAACCCAGAAUUAUUGAAGAUAAGAGAAAUUGAAAUUGCUAGAAAUAUACAAAGAGAAGAAGAAAAAGCACAAAGAGCUGAAGAAGAAUCCGAAGAAGAAUCCGAAGAAGAUAUGGAAAUUGAUAGUGAAGAAGAAGAAGAAGAAUCCAAGCAAAAACAAAAAUCUUAUUGA